UGAAGUCUAUCCACGGUGACUUUUCACAUUCGUACCUUAAUUCCAUGUGAGUAGAAACUUGCGAAUAAAAAGGUAGAGAACAGUAGUCCUCGAUUGAGGAUUUGAGCUCUUUUUAGGUUUUCCAUACAGCUUCAAGAGAGUUUCUGCAUCCUCGUCCGGAUACACAUUAAACUUUGGUAGGAGAAAUCGAGAGAGAGAGAGAGAAGCCAUGACUGACUAUGUGCAGGAGCAGGACAUGGAAAUUGAAGCACUUGAAGCCAUACUUAUGGAUGAGUUUACAGAAUUACACUCCAGUGAAAGUGGACUCAACACUUCAAAUCGGUGCUUUCAAAUUACAAUAUCUCCUCAGGAUGAUGAGGCAGAUGAAUCAACAACCCCUCCAGCUCAGUUGGGUUUAAUUUUCUCUCAUACCGAAAAAUAUCCCGAUGAGCCACCACUUUUGAAUGUAAAAAGUUUAAGAGGAAUUCACACAGGAGAUCUUAAAGCACUGAAAGAAAAGCUUGAACAAGAGGCAUCUGAGAACCUUGGUAUGGCCAUGAUCUACACACUCGUUACGUCAGCAAAAGAGUGGCUAUGUGAAAGAUUUGCUCAAGAUACUGGCACUGAGAACACUGACGAAGAAGAGGCGGCAAAAGAGGAUAUAAUUGUACCGCAUGGAGAACCAGUCACCGUUGAUACAUUUCUAGCAUGGCGAGAAAGAUUUGAAGCAGAAUUAGCGUUAGAGAGAGCCAAGUUAAUGCCCGAGUCAGCACUUACAGCACCCAAGGAAAAGAAGCUCUCAGGCAGACAGUGGUUUGAAAGUGGACGAGGCACUGCGAAAGGUGCAGCGCCAACCACUGAAGGAACUGAGGACGAAGAUGAGGAAGACAUUGACUUUGAUGAUGAUGAUGAUUUUGAAGAUGACGAAGAGGAUAUGCUUGAGCACUAUCUGGCGGAGAAAUCAGACUCAUCCGCUCAUUCUUCAGGGAGAGGCAAUUAAAAGAAAUAAUAUUUUGUGAUUGGGCAACACCCGGAUUUACUUAUCGAAAAGAGUGACUGAGGGACACCGAUAUUUAGUUGGCUGUGAAUCCUAGAUGAUUUUGGCCUUUGUAUGGUAUCAGAAAAAAGACCGAUCCCUCAGGAAUUCAUACUGUACCAAGUUUGGGAGAGGGCAGGUUGUAUGUAAUGUAAGUGAAUUUGGGUUUUAGAAGAUGAGUUUUCUGAAAGGAAGAAAGAAUCUCAGGAAAAACCUUUGCUCACCCAACUGUAAGAACUUCUGGCCUUAAUGUUAUCGUUCACCUGGUUGAUUUUUUUUCUAUGCUCAGAAAUAAU